GCGCCGAGCGUGCGGAGGGCGGUGCUGCGGCCGCCGCCGGGGUCGCCUGGCAACCGGGUCCCUAGCAACGGGCGUGCUCUACCCGGACCUCGCGCUGGGGCAGUGGUUCCUGCAGAGCUUCAUUUGAAAGCUAGAGAGUCACCCUCUGCAGGUUUGAGGAGAUGGCCAGUGCCCAGAUCUCCAUGUACCUGCCCCCCGAUGUCAACCCCAGCCAGGCUGCCAUUGCCUAUGGCUGUCGGGCGUUGCCCAAGCUGAACAAGGAGCUGCAGUCCGAGGACCUGCUGACGAGGCAGAAAGCCCUCAUGGCUCUGUGUGACCUCGUGCACGACCCUGAGCAUGUCUACGUGGCCAUCGACAUAGGCUGCCUGGAGAGCCUGAAAGCUUUGCUGAAGGACACCAAUGACAUGGUGCGGCUGAAGACCACCGAGGUGCUCUACAUCAUGGCGACCCAUAACGUGGGCAGAGAAGGCUUUUUGAAGUACGACGUCAUCCAUGCCCUGUCCUACCUGCUGCACGACCCGCAGGCAGCCUGCCGGGAGAACCUGCAUCUGGCGUAUAAGCACCUGGCCCAGGUGCCCUCAGGGGCGCAGGGCAUUGUCAACAGUGGCCUGAUCCCCGCACUGGUGUGGAAGCUGCAGAGGGAGGAAGAAAAUAUCCAGGAGCUCCUCCUGGACACGCUGGCGGCCUGCCUGAUGGAGGAUGCCACUGAGGCGCUGGACAGCCGCCUGGUGCCCUUCCUGAAGGAGAAGCUCCUCAGCGCCAACAACAACAUCCGCAGCAAAGCCGCCCGCACGCUCGUGGCCAUCAGCAGAGCCACCCAGCUGUCCCUUCUCUGGCCCAGCAUCCCUCUGGAGGGCAAGAAGCAGAUAUGGCAGUAUGACGUCAUCCCCAUCCUGGUGCAUCUGCUGAAAGACAAGGUGAAGGAGGUGCAGGCCAACGCUGCCGGGGCCCUCAUGUACGCCACGGUGACCACUGAAGCACCCACCGGCAGCCAUACUUCCUGUGGGCCAGAACCUCCCCGCUCCUGGGAUGCCUGCUCCUCCCAGAGUAAACAUGAUCAGCAGAACCAGGAUCCCCGAGUGAGCGCCCUCUUGCUGUCUUCCCAGUGACUCGGGCCUUCACUUUCCUAGAAGACACGCAGAGAAGUUUGUCUCUGGAAUUGGAGGAUUAGCAAGUAGGCCCUCUUGUUCUGGAAGGCACUGGCGGCUGGGCCCGCUGGGGUUUCUUAAAGCUCAUUCUCGAACAAGGCCCCAAAGAGGUAACCUUGUCUCCUCUAGGAGAAGAGGGGCUGAGGGGCUCCACUCCCUCACAUCCCCCCCCAGAGCAGGCUGGCUCCACCCCUCUCCUCUCACCAACACCUCUGACCCAGGGCCCCUGUCCCCUUGCUGCGGGGCCCCGCGCUCUGUGUGUCUGACCCGCGCAGCGGCCCAGGUGUGCGUGCUCCCUGGGGCAGCAGUCUCGGUCCUCCCCCCGAGGCUCCGGCUGUGCCCUCUUGGUCUCCUUCGUAGAAGCCUCUUUCUCGGCGUGACCACGGUGGGGGGUUUCUCACAGCUCUGUUCUAGGCUCUCUCUCCUCCCGCUCUCCCGCACAGUCUCGUCUGCCUGGCUGUGGGUCCUCCUCCCCUUCUUAGCUAGGUGCCCACUCGCUGCCUUCUCUCCCCUAAAUCUCAAUCUGUAGUCCCAGCCUCUCCCAAGUUCUGGACCAUUCUAUCCAACUUCACGUCUACCCUUAAGUGUUUCCAGGCAAGAAUUAAUACCAAUCCUUCUCAAACUGUUCCAAAAAAUAGAAGAUGAGGGGACACUUCCCAACUCAUUCUAUGAGGUUAACAUUACCCUGAUACCCAAACCAAAGACAUCAGAAGAAAAGAAAACUGUAGACCAAGAUUGUUUAUGAAAAUAGACACAAACAGUCAACCAAUAUUAGCAAACCAAAUCCAGCCACAUAAAAAAAGUAUUAUCCACCAUGAUCAACAGGGAUUUACCCCAGGAACGCGAGGUUUGUUUAAUAUAUGAAAAUGAAUCAAUGUAACUUAUAAACGAUAGAAACCACAUGCUCUUUUUUUUUUUUUUUUUUGAGGAAGAUGAGCCCUGAGCUAACAUCUGCUGCCAAUCCUCCUCU